AUGGAGGGGCCACGGGACAUCAACGUGGUUGUUGUCACACAAGAAUGGGAUCACGGCGGCAGGCUACUACUACUACUCCGAAGCUGGUUCUACCGGAAACACUACUCCACCGAUCUUCUUUCCGUUCACUACACACAACACAUGUGGGUUCCAUUGGUAUCGCUCUGCUCUAUCUUUUGGGGAUUGGCAUCUGCAUCUGGUGUCAAGAACUUAGUGGUCUUUGGUGAUUCGUAUGCUGAUGUCGGCAACUUGCAACGAUUGAGCAAUGGACCUUUUUGGAGCGAGGAUUUGGCAGUGGGUUGGAAUGCGAGCUUAUACAGCUUUGCCUUUGACGGUGCUGUUUGCGACAAUGCCCUCUUCAACGAUACCAGUGACGACGACGCUUUGCCGAGUAUUGUCGAUCAGAUUGAAAUGUAUUACAACCAGCAACUCAACCUUGAGCCAAGCGAAACAGUAUAUGCGUUUUGGGUCGGCUUGAAUGACAUCGAGCGAGGCUUUCAAUCCAAAGGCACAGAGUUUCCUUGGGGUGAUAUCAUCAGCUGCAUUAGUCAUCAAAUGCGUAACAUCCGCAAGGUGUUUUCCAGCAAUCGAUUCCUAGUCUUGAAUGUACCACCCGUGGAAUUGAUGCCUUAUUUUGCUGGGUCGGAUAUGGAAGACACGCGUAGCAACAUUGUCAGCAAGUUUAAUGAGCUAUUAUCCAAGGAUGUGGUCAGUCUCAACAAGCACCAUCGGGCUCUGGAAAUGGAUUUGGUCGAUGUGAAUGCAUUGAUUAGCGACAUGGUUGGUAACCCCGAGGACUUUGGAUUCAAGAACGCAACCAGUGCAUAUUGGGAUGUAUGUCAAGGACAAUGUACGGAUGAUAUGGAUACCUAUGUUUGGUGGGAUAGCAUUCAUUUGACAGGAGGUGCCCAUCGAGCUAUUGCCAACAGCAUUUUGUUGUCUGGAUCACUUGAGCCACCCGUAUCACUGCCAUCAAGUGACCAAGUUGAACAAGCAUUGUCGUCAAAUGAUCUUCAUCGUUCACCAAAGUAUUCUCCAGAGAAAAGCACCGGCACGAUUGAAAAGGUUGUGAAGGAAAUCAUGGCAGCCAAGGAAACCGAGGAACCAACACCCGAGGUUGAAGAGCAAGUAGAGGAGGAUUCAUCGUUCAGUCAUAUCUAUUUUGUGAUUAUGGUCUCAGUGAUUCUCUGCAUUGGAUUUGUGUGGUUCACUCGACGACAAAAACGCGCUGGUGGCCUUGCAGCACUCUCAAGUCUUGUCAAAACCAACACUGGACGUGGUCGAUUUAUGCCGUUGCGUAACUUGGAAUCCAGUAACGUGUGA